AUGCGGGGUUGCCUGCGGGCUUCGGGCCUACCAUUCAACACGCUGCUCAAAGAUGGGAAACCGUUGAAGAGACCAUUAUGCGCGCGUUGCAAACCGUCUGAUGUUGCAAUACUUGUCAAGUAUAAGAGGGUCAGUCUUGUCUCAACUUCACGAUUUUCUUCACCACACAACUUCAGUCUUCCUCUUCCAAUAGCCAAUUCUUCUUCACUUUUCAGUACGCUUCAGCCGUUACGCUCAAUCCACCAGUCAAGAUGCAGUUCCUCAAGAUUGUUUCUGCUCUCGCCGUUGCCCUCGCGGUCCCCGCCUCGGCUGGUACUUGCAUUCAGCUCGGAGCUUGCAGUGAGGGUAACGACAUCCGCCAAUGCACAUCUGGAAGCUGUCACCAGAAGCUCGGACAGACUUGCACUAUCAGCGGCAACUCUGUCAACUGCCCUAAAUAAGAGUUUACAUCAAGAAACUUUUGUACCAUAUUGUCAGAACCAUUACAUAUGA